AACUAACUUUAGUCUGUGUUGUACAGGAGCUCAGCUGCAUUAACGUUGUAUUUGCUGCUCUGUUUCCUUUAACUAAAUGUGAUGCUUUUAUUUCAGGAUCCUCUGAAACAGCUGAAAGACCUGACGCAGCUCAAGAGUCAGCUGGAGGAAAUCCAGAGGCGAGUAGAGAACGAGGUUUCUGUAGGAGUUCCUCAGGGAGGCUCAGUGUUGGGAUCUCCGUUUCUGAAGGGCUUCCUGGCCGGCUAUGUGGUGGCCAAGCUACGUUCCUCUGCCUUCUUGGGAGUGCUGCUGGGAACAAUCACCGGCAUAUACGCGGCACAGAACUAUCAAGUGCCCAACAUUGAAAGGACCGUGAAAGACUUUAUGAACGGCUUGAAAAAAGGACCAAAAUAAUUUGGUUUGCUCUUCGUCAGUGACACAA